AUGUUGAAACCUUCUAAAUCGCAUCUUGUGGAUAGGAUUGGAUCAUCUUUCAGUCGAAUGGAUGAGGUUUAUGCCUGCAUUUGCGAACGUAGCGCGAGUUUGGCAUCAGUACGACGUCAAAAAUGCAGAGUUGAGAAGCACCUUGGUUUUAUGAUGCCUAUUUCGAUUGAAGUUCAACUCAGUCCCUAUAUUGAUGCAAGAGUUCUCGCUAAUGUUGCUUUAAGCCUUGGUACGUCUGUUGCUCGUGACUUAGAGGAAAUUUUCGAUUCGUUAGUCCUCCUUCGCACAUUGGCCUUGAAGGUGUUUGAUUUUUGUGAAUCACUAACAAAUUUACUGAAAGAAAUGCUCGCAAAAGAGUCUUGUUAUUUAGUAGCAUUCAAUAAUGUCGUUGAAAUUUUGAUGGAAUUGGCUGAGAAUAUGGUGGAUGAAAUUGACCUCCUAUUCCAAUGGGCCUACUCAAUUGUCCUACCUGAAUUUGGCGUGGCGGCUGUAUCCCCGUCUUUCGACUUCGCCUCUUCAAUUUUAUCUGGCAAGAUGCUCUCUGCCUCACUAUGGAGAGAAGAAAUUUGUCCGAUGCUGAAAUUCGUAAACAUUUCUGGCUGUUCCUGA